AUGCCCAACAGCGAGCACAAGCGAAUGGAGCUUUUCCGAAACUUCCUGAACGGCUGUGGCAUGGAUCUAUCGUGCAACUCCUCGCAUCUGCUCCCGCAUAACAUCAGCUCUUACACGGGAGGCCUGGAGCUGGCGGGGGACGGGUCGCCAUGGUUGCGAAUCAUCAUCUCGGUGGUAUACUUUGCAGUGGCCACGGCCGGCGUAGUGGGCAACCUUCUGGUGUUGUUCCUGCUCUACUCCACGCGCACCAUCACCACCGGCACCAUCAAUUUCUUCGUCUUCAACCUGGCUCUGGCGCACCUCCUGUUCUCCUUAGCGUUGCCCUUCUGGGCGAUGGACAUUGCACUGGACUACAACUGGCCCUUCGGCUUGGCCAUGUGCAAAGCCGUAUCGCUGCUCACUGGCCUCAAUGUGUUCGCCAGCUGCUUCUUUCUGACCGCCAUGAGCUUGACGCGCUACUGCUUUGUGGCCACCGCGCUUAAGCCCAGGGCGUCACCGUGCGGCCGGCCUUGCACCUCCCCAGUGGUCACGGCCAUCAUAUGGGCGGCGGCCCUGGUGGCUGCGACACCCCGGGCCCUGUUCGCCGACUUGCGCCGCGUGGGAAGCGGCAAUGAUACAGCAUGCCUGCUCCGGUUCCCGGACGGCACCGCCUGGCUGGGGAUAAACCAGCUCCUGCGCGUGGUUCUUGGAUUCCUGCUCCCGUACGCCACCAUUAUCCUGUCAUACCUGCUCUUGCUGCGCUUCCUCUGCCGCCACAAACUGAAGGGCGGCAACUCCCGGCGGAAGGCCGACAUCUCCAAGUCUGUGGCAGUGGUGGUGUUGUCCUUCUGCGUCUGCUGGUUCCCAUACAACAUCCUCACGCUCUGGAGCGUCAUGAUCCAACUGGACAUAGUUGACAUCAGCCCCUCCUUCUACGGCGCACAGACCUACUUCUUCCCGUUGGCUAACUGCCUGGCCUUCACCAGUAGUUGCUUCAACCCGGUCAUCUACUGCCUGGUGCGCAAGGAGUACCGAACGGCCCUGCACAAUGUCUUCUUCAAGUUAAGCCUGGCCAUCAUGUCCAAGAUGCCUUACGCCGUCAACACUGACGAGGGCUCGGAACAAGCGGACCAGCUGGCCAUUCCCCUGAGCAACAUGCCCAGUCAGACAAGCCAAUCAGACUCGAGGCCAUACGCACCCCUGUCAACAUUACCAACAGUGGUCUCCACUUUAUAG